GUGUUGUCAGGGAAAGGAGGCGUUGGCAAGAGUACCAUCUCCACUGAGAUUGCCCUGGCGCUGCGCCAUGCUGGGAAAAAGGUGGGAAUACUGGACGUGGAUUUGUGUGGACCCAGUAUCCCGCGCAUGCUGAACGCCCACAAUAAAGACGUCCACCAGUGUGACAGUGGCUGGGUGCCGGUCUAUGUGGACCAGGAGAAGAGUAUCUCGCUCAUGUCCAUCGGCUUUCUACUAGAGCGCCCCGAUGACGCCGUAGUAUGGAGGGGGCCCAAGAAGAAUGCGAUGAUAAAGCAGUUCAUCAGUGAUGUGGCCUGGGGAGAGCUGGACUUUCUCAUCGUUGACACCCCACCAGGGACAUCCGAUGAGCACAUCUCCACUGUGGAGGCUCUGAGGGUCUUCAGCCCACUGGGGGCUGUGCUGGUCACUACUCCACAGGCAGUGUCUGUGGGAGACGUGAGGCGGGAGCUCACAUUCUGCAAGAAGAUGGGGCUUCCGGUGAUCGGGAUUGUGGAGAACAUGAGCGGCUUUGUCUGUCCGCACUGCACGGAAUGCACAAACAUUUUUUCCAAAGGAGGAGGAGAGGAGCUGGCACGGCAUGCUGGGGUCCCAUUUCUAGGUUGUGUGCCUCUUGAUCCCGUUCUGACACAAAGCCUGGAGCAGGGGAAGGAUUUCCUGCAGGAAUUUCCCCAGAGCGCGGCUUACCCUUCCAUCACCAGCAUCGCUCAGCACAUCCUAGGCCGUGCUGCUCACAGUUCCUGACCUAAGGAUGUGCAGGGCAGCAGAAUACAGGAAUACUGAGAAACGGGCAGAGAGACACUUUUAUACUCCAGCCCUGUCUUCUCAUACAAAGUCCAGACAGAAGUGGCGUACGCUUGUACCAGCCUGUCCAACAUGUGACAAUGGUACAAAUCUCUCUCUCUAAGGAGUCUAUGUAAUAAGCCUUGGAGAGAGAGAUAAAGUAUCGGCUCCUAACUGCCAUUUUUCAAACACCGUCUGUGACAUGUCAGUUAGGAGCUGAUUAGCUGGUAAUUUAUCCCUGUAAACUUUCUCUCUCUCCAAGGCUUAGUAAAUAGACUCCUUUAUUUGACUUUGCCACAUGUCAUUCCGUUACUUGUUGAUGGUGCGGAAGCCGUUUGCCGCACAAUACGCGUGUUUGGGCAGCUUUUGCGGCCAUGCCAAUUGUGAGCCCUUUCUCCGAUUACAGGGAUCUUUGCCUCAUUCAUGCACAGCUAUCAGGAAUGUGUCUAUAGAAGUACAUAGGGUCCUAUCGCUAGUGUUCAUAGUGAUAAGAUCCUAGAUGGUGUUUGGUCGUUUCACCGAAUAUUAAUAAAGAGUUAAAUAUUGA